AUGCAACAAAUCGCCGUCGGCGACGAGUUCGACAAGACGCAGUGGGAGAACACGGAGUGGAAGGAGGAUCACCGGAAAUGGGUGGCAGGGGAGAAGAGCAAGAGCAAGAGCUUGCCCCUCGAAGCGCCUCCAGAGGCGGCGGCGGCCGGCGACGUCCCCGGCGAGGUCUUCCAGCAGCAGCGCGACCGCGGCGCGUACCUCAAGGAUACGCCCUGGAUCUCGUUCGCCUUCUUCUUCGUUGAAGCGAGUCUAAUCGCCGGCUGGGUGUCGGUGGCGUCGGCGCUGGACUGUGCCCCCGACCAUUCUGUCGCCCUGUCCGCCUUCAACGCCAUCGUCAUGUUCAUCUCCAUCAUGCUGCUCUUCGGCUUGAUGGUGACGCGCACGCACGUGGAGGAGCGACAGACGGACGGCCGAUCGCUGUAUUUGAUUCCCUACGCGUGGAAGCUUUUGUUCUUCGCGCUGCAGUGGUUGCGCGUGUGCCUGGCGGUGGCGCUGAUCGUGCAGCACGCGCUCGUCUGGUCCAACCCGACGCGGCUGACCGUUGUCAUUGUGCUCGCCUCGGUGCAGUUCCUCCUGACCGUCCUCCAGACGCUCUACUCGUUCAACAAGCGCUUCACGCUGGCCGACUGCCGGGAC